AUGGCAGAAUCUAACUAUAAGCCUCAUGCUGUAUGUAUCCCAUUCCCAUACCAAGGCCACAUAAAGCCACUCCUCAAAUUUGCCAAGCUCCUCCACCACAGAGGCUUUCGCAUCACCUUUGUGAACACGGAGUACAACCACAGGCGUUUUCUCAAGUCUUUAGGCCCCAACGCACUAGAUGGCUUGCCGGAGUUUCAUUUUGAAGCCAUCCCUGAUGGCUUACCCACUAGUUCAGAUCCCGAUUCCACCCAAGACCUCACUGCUAUUACUAUGUCCAUCAAUAAAGGGUUCUUCAUGGACUCAUUUCGCAACCUCCUUGCGAAGCUCAACAUGAGUACUAGUCCUGUGACUUGCAUUGUCGCCGACGGUUUCAUGAGCUUCUCCAUCAAUGCUGCUCAUGAACUUGGAAUUCCAGUUGUAUCGUUCUUUCCUAUUGCUGCGUGCGGCUUCAUGGGAAUCAGGCACUAUCGUGCUCUCGUUGAAAAAGGACUAGUACCACUGAAGGAUGAGGAAUGUCUAUCAAAUGGCUACCUAGACAUGGUGAUAGAUUGGAUACCUGGAAUGAAAAAUAUACGGCUAAAGGAUCUUCCAACCUUUCUUCGAACUACAGAUCCCAAAGACAUUUGUUUCAAUCGCGCAAUGUUAGAAGCCGAAAGAGCAAACAAAGCUUCCGCAGUUGUGCUUCACACUUUCGAUGCAUUGGAGCAAGAAGUCUUGGAAGAUCUCUCGUCUAUGCUUCCACAAAUUUAUGCCAUUGGCCCUCUCCAAUUACUUCUCAAUAAAAUACCACAAGACCAAUAUUUGGAGUCACUGGGAUACAGCCUAUGGAAAGAAGAAACCGAGUGCCUCCAAUGGCUCGACUCCAAGGCACCGAACUCGGUUGUCUAUGUCAACUUCGGCAGCGUUGUGGUCAUGACACCAAAACAGCUUGUGGAGUUCGGUUGGGGACUUGCAAAUUCCAAGCUUUCCUUCUUGUGGGUGAUUAGGCCUGACUUGGUAGUCGGUGAAUCCGCAAUUUUGCCACCGGAGUUUGUAGCCGAAACUAAAGAAAGAGGUGCGGUAGCAAGUUGGUGUCCACAAGAGGAAGUGCUUAACCACCCAUCAGUGAGAGGGUUUUUGACACACAGUGGAUGGAACUCAACCAUUGAGAGUCUGAGUGCAGGAGUGCCUAUGCUGUGUUGGCCAUUUUUCGCUGAGCAACAAACCAACACUUGGUAUGCACGUAAUGGCUUAGGCAUUGGGAUGGAGAUUGAUAAUGAUGUGAAGAGAGAUGAAGUGGAGAAGCUUGUGAGAGAGUUAAUGGAGGGAGAGAAGGGUAAAGAGAUGAAGAAGAAUGCUAAUGAGUGGAAGAAAUUAGCCGAGGAGGCUACUGAUUCACAGGGCUCUUCUUUCAUCAACUUGGAGAAUGUUGUCCAAGUGCUUCUAGGGCAAACCAAGUAG